UUUUAAAAGAUCCGAGUCAUUUAAAUCGAUUCACUAGUGAUUCAACAGGGCGGGAGAGGAAGUGAUCUAGAGCAGCUCCAGAGCUAAACAUUUCUACAGAAUUCAUUAUAUGAUAUAUGUAAAUAAAUAAAUUAACAGCUCUAUGUAGCCUUUAGGAUAUUAUUAAUUAAGGAACCCCACGUUAAUCUUUAUAAAAUGGGAUAUAAAAUACUAAUACUACUAUUCAUUAUUUAAUAACAACAACAACAACAAUAACAAUAAUAACAAUAAUAAGUAUUAUUGUUAUUAUUGUUAUUGUUAUUAUUAUUAAUAAUUAUAUCGAAGGCGAAUCGGUUCGUUUUGUUCCACCUCGAGAUUCAUUUAAAAGAACGAAUCAUUUGCAAGCGACACAUGAGGGCAGUCAGAGACACAGACUGGAGCAGAGGCGGUGAUCUUCUCUUCACUCUACACCAAUCGAGAAUGAUUCACUAAUGCCAUCAAGAUCUGCGCGAUCAGAACCAGACUCCUGGGCAUUGAGAGGUUCAACUGGGCUUCAGUGAAGUGAAGCAUCCCUCGGCUGUGUAUAUACCUGGGAGGAGCAGGAGAGGAUGAAGAGAUGGAGACAGAAUAAGAGCUGUAGUGUGUGCUGAUCACACGAGCUUCCCCUUCUUAUCUUCAGCCAUAAUCCCAGCCAUGGAGGGGAAAGAUGAGUUUCUCUGCGGGGUUGUUGAAGGUUUCUAUGGGCGGCCCUGGUCCAUGGAGCAAAGAAAAGUGCUGUUUCAGUGGAUGCAAAGAUGGGGUUUGAACACAUAUCUGUACGGCCCUAAAGAUGACCUGAAGCACCGUUUGCUGUGGAGAGAGGUGUACUCAACAGAGGAGGAAGCCCAGCUGAAAGCAUUGGUGCAUGAAGCUGAGUCGAGAGGAUUGAGAUUUGUGUAUGCUCUCUCUCCUGGUCAGGAUAUUGUCUUUUCCAGCUCCUCUGACCUCACACUUCUGAAGCGUAAACUUCGACAGGUGGCAGAACUGGGCUGCCAGGCAUUUGCCAUUCUGUUUGAUGACAUCGACCACUCAAUGUGUCAAGCCGAUAGUGAGGCAUUCUCCUCAUUUGCUCAUGCUCAGGUGUCUGUGACCAAUGAGAUCUUCCGUUUCCUGGGGGAGCCAGCUGUCUUCCUGUUCUGCCCCACUGAGUACUGCAGCUCACUCUGCUCUCCCAGCGUGUCUAAGUCUCCAUACUUGCUGACAGUGGGAGAAGAUCUCCUGCCCCGCAUCUCAGUCAUCUGGACCGGAAAUAAGGUCAUCUCUCGGGAGCUGAGCGCUGAUUCGCUGAUGGAGGUGCAGUCAGUGUUACAGCGCCCUCCGCUGGUGUGGGACAAUCUUCACGCUAACGAUUACGAUUCACGCCGAGUCUUCCUAGGGCCAUUUAAGGGCCGUCCUUCUGGCCUCCAAGCUCAUCUCAGGGGUCUGCUGCUGAACCCUAACUGCGAAUUUGAAGCAAACUACAUUCCUCUACACACACUUGGGACAUGGCACAAAGCAGGGAAGGAGAAGAGAGAAGGUAAAGGUCAUCAGUACUCUCCGGAGCGAGCUCUUUCUUCUGCACUAAAAGACUGGAUGACUGAUCUGCACCAACCUCUACAGCCUGGACGGCAGAACAGGCCUACCGAACAGAAACCAUCUGCUCUUUCCUCCAAACCUAAACCUCCUGAAUGCUUAGACAAUCUGCAUGGAGCCCAGUCUAAAUCUCCAUCUGCUGCUGGGGCUCUGGUUUCUUCUUCCACCUCAGUGUUGAAGGUCUCGGCUGAGACUGAGAGUGAGGAGCGGGUUUCUGGAUGCAAUGGCUGGGAGAAGGCUUCAGGAAAGAGUUUAUGUUCUGGGAAAUCUCCACUUACUGAGGCCCAAGUGCAACUGCUGGUGGGACUGUACUACUUACCACAUGAGCAUGGCCCAUCUGCCCAGAACCUGCUGCAGGCACUUACCUGGCUUAAAAGCCACUGCCAUUAUGUCAGUGUCAACGGCAGCAGCAAGAAGAUGCAACCACAGAAGAUGGAGGAGUGGCGGGUACGGGCAGGACGCUUUCUGCUUGCUUGUGACGAGAUUGCAGUUCUGCAUGGCAGUGUGGUGAACAGCGUGAACAGAGCUGUACUCUAUGACCUUUACCCAUAUGUCUGGGACCUGAGAAACACACUGCUUGUUGCCAAGGCCUUCAUCAGUUGGCUUGAGGGUCGCGUGAUAAGUGAAAGUUCUUCGCUGGGUUCCUGGAAAAACUGUUUUCAUUGGUGUGGAGCCUCAUCAGGGGCAGAGCUUCUUGGUGUGGAAGCAGAGCCUUGGGCAUUUAAAGGAGGGCUGUCUGGGGAAGUGCAGAUGCUACUUCCUGUAGGCACCAGCAGUGAGCUGUUUAGCCACCCCCCUCCUCUCUUUCCCACCUCUCGUCUGUACAACAUACGGCCCUUCCAGCACAAAGACAAGGCGGAGCUGUACCGCAUGGUUCGCCAGCUUUAUCAGAAAACUAGAGGUGCUCAGGAUGUGACUGUUCUUCACCCAGACUUCAUCGGGGACAGGUUAAAUAAAUAUGCAAACCUUGCAGAAGUAGCUUCACAGAGGUGUUUAGGUGCAUCUCUGGCUCUGUGCCCAGAGUACAGCUUUGUCCUAGAGGAUGAGUUGGGUGUGUGUGGGUGUGUUGCUGGUAUUCUGGAUGUACGCUCAUUUGUCAAGAGGUGCCAGGCCACCUGGCUGCCUGCUAUAAGAGACAAAUACCCCACACGCACAUAUGUUGCUAACGGACACACUGCCCAGAAGGAGGCGCUCAUGAGCUUGCUUGAAGAGCAGGAUUACCCAGACUCCCUGCUGUACCACUUCCCAUCUCAAAUCAGGCUUGAAGCACUGCCUGAACUGGUGGACUGCAGUGUCAGCAGGAGCCUGCUCACGUCCCUGCUCACAGCACUCAAAGCUAACGGUUCCCAGGGUGUGUUUUGCGAGGUGCAGCCGACAGACCGGCUAAGAUUGGAGUUCCUCACUAAGCUGGGCUUUCUGGAGAUUGUGAGAGGAGAGGCAUGCUCCACAGAGGGACUGAUCCUAGGCAGGCUGCUUUAGAGCCUUAACCAGCUCACAAACAAUCCCUGAUGAUAUAAUUUAACUUUUUUGGGCAAAGAUACAUGUUAAAAGCCCUGCAAUUCAAGGACAUUUUCGUUCUGAUGCAUCUUUCAACACGUCCUCCUCCACUUCCCUUAUGAUGUUAUAUUUAGAUAUAAUACACAUUACUGAUCAAUUAGCAUACUCUAUUAGCUCAAGAUCAGAUUGUUAAAUGACCCUUUGCAGGGAGCAGAAAUUACCCAACAUGCACUGCAAUCAAAGAGAGAGCAAUAAAAUAUUACUUAUUUUAAAUAUAUACUUUUAAUAUGUUGAAUUUUGCUUUUUAAUUUUAAUUCUGUAAAAGACAGCAAAUGGAAUGUUAUUAUGGUACUCUGUUCACUGCAUAGUAAAUCUGCUCUCCACUACAUGCUCAAUCUGUCCUUCUGCAAGUGACUACUUGUAUCAUGUAGAUGGUACAAACUUCCCUGUAAAGUGAAUAAGUCGAUGAGGACCUGUUGCAAGCAGUAUUGGAAUACAGGGCUGUUUUUGGGGCUAAACAUGCACUUUGCCCAAAACAUGCUGUUGACUAACAGUCAACUGGCCACUGUGGCCUGGUUAGCAUGAAGCUAACUACUCUACACUAGCCUUUAAAUUAUAAGCACCAUCAAUGUUACGAUUGGUGCAUUCCUUAAAAGCGAUGAAUGCAAUUUAUUUGUGAUUUAUUAGCACCAUUUAACAUCUUUACCGGAGUUUGUUUAAAGCUUCAUCAUAGCACUUAGCAGGAGACUCCAAGAUGUUUCAGACUAAACUAGUUAUUAGAAAUAUGAAGUCCUUUACUGGCCCUUACUUCUUGGACUUGUGUUCAUAAAGUAAGGGAGGUGUGCAGUGGUCUGUAUCAUGUUUUACUCCUGGUAAUCCAUGUGUCCAUAUCCUAUUUUCUAAUAAUGGGUAACAUAAUGGGUGAAAAUAUACUGUGUCCUGUGGUGUAGGCAGUCUAAAGUAGACAUUUACGAUCACUAGUCACACUAAUGUUAACAUUAAUAGUAUUUCAACAAUAUAUCUCUUUAACUGUAUCUGCAUUCAUGUCAGCUUUCGUUCUGAGUCUGUAGAAAAUACAGAGAAAUGUCUUCAUUCAUCAAGUUCUUUAAAAAGCAUCCUAUUGAAAGUGUGCACUUAAACUGUGUUUUUUUGUUUGACCCUGUCCUGCCAGUGGAGUCCACUCCGAAACAUAUCAAGUAGAUUUAUAUAGAAAUGAUUGUAUUGUGCUAAGCAGUUACGGUGCUAAUAAGAACAUUUAUUCCAUUGCGAUGCUAGCAGUUUUCUGCCACUCUCUAUGUGCAAUGGUGUUAAAAAGAAGAAAAUAUUUUCCCAUCCUCAUACAUAAGUCAUAACAGUCAGUUUUGUAGCUAGAUUAAAAAAAAAAAAAGAGCAAGUAUUUCUUCUUUAAAGCACCACAGUGCAGUGCAGAUAGAUAUUGUAGACACUUACACAAAACUACUGCAGACACGACAAGUACAAUGUCCUUGUUGGCAAUACUAGCAUGAUAAAUUAGCUGUCUGGAGCAGAGUGUACAGAUGAGGAGGUGUGAGAGAUGGACAGAUUUAAGGAAUAAAGCACUGGCUAAAGAGCACUAAUAGUCAAAUAGCAUUGUGGUAAUUUUAGAAAAUGUUAGCCUGUGAAAACAGACCUACAUGUCGAUAAAUGAAGUAUAAAAAAAAUGGGGGGAAAAAGUAUAAAUAUUGGAUGUCACUGAAGAGCACACAGAUUAAUAUGCAAGUCAGGGUGAAUUUCCUGAAAUACAGAAACUUAUAAAUAGGUUUACAUAAAUAGCAUACUGAAACACACUAGAAAAAGCUUGUGUAGACACUGUAUAUGGCCUUGACUACACCACAGACAGGGUAUACUCCCUCCUUACUGUGUGGAGAAUGUUGGUGCACAGAGCUGAUGUGUAGUCUGGUCUGCACACCUGCUUUUAGAUUUUUAACGAGUAACUACCAUUGAUCACCAUAUCAUCAUUGAUCCAGCUUGAUUUUAUUCAGCUUGUUUCUUUUGUUUGUGUUCUUCACUAAACUGGCACUCUUUACAUCUUUACAUGUCUUAUAGCUUUAGUAAUAAUGCUCUGUAACUGAGUGAGUGCAAGCCUCUGUUAGGAACAAAGUGACUAGGCUACUGUACAUGGUGGUUUGAAUGACAGCACUAUUCUCACUGUCAUUCACUGUAUAUGUGCGCGCGCGCACACACACACACACACACACACACACACACACACACACAUAUUUGAUUAGCAUUUAAUUCUUAUUCUGGAAACAGGUAGAUGACCUGCUUUUCACACACACACACACACACACACACACACACACACACACACACACACACACACACACAUUGGCUUGCACAAUAUGAACAGACUUGGCCUUCUUUCCUACAGAAAUUAGCAUGAAAAAUUGCUGAAUGACAUUAUAACACCUACCCCUAUCCCCCCUCUCUAUCUCUGUAAAAGAGAUUUUUUUAUCACCUUCAACCCCCUUAACUGCAUGCAGGGAUACACACUCACCAAUCCAUUCAAUUACAACUCCUUAUAGAUAUAGGUUGGCAGAAGUACAUAUUAUGUUGUUAGAUAUUUGCCAUUAUCAUUACAACUCAUUCAAGGCUAAUUAUUUGCAUGUUUGUAUUUUUAGAAUUGUGUUUCUGCUAACGUUUGCACUAUUUUGGCUGGUUAAAAUAUGGGUUUGUUUAAUAAAAAAAAUAAAUACAAUAAAAUGCCCACAGCUUGGGCUACUAAUGAUAAUUGAUGUAGAAUAUUUUAUGUUGGAUGUUUUUAAGACUAUGUUACAUUUUUUGUACUGGAAUGAAGUCUGUUUACAGCCCCAUUAAAAGCUUUUUGAUUUGACUCAA